AUAAUAUAAUAAAAUGUAGACAACGAAAACCACUAUAUAUUACAUUUUUAUAAUAUUAUAUAAGAGCGUGGCGGUCGGCGACGGCGGCUCAUCAAAUGGUCUCCAUUGCUGGAUGACAUACGCGGCGGCCGACAGUCGCGAUAGUGCAUGUGCCAAAGCCGCCCAAACAGUGUGCGUACACAAUGAUUACCAUCCUAUCGCGGUACACCGCCACCGUCGCGGUUCUCGUUGUCGCGAUCGGCAGCAGAGUCGCGUCCUCCAUGAAUAAUAUCGUGCCGGGCCGGAAGUGCUGUCCGGUGGAUCGGCUGUACGAUCCGGAAGCGCGGUUCUGCAAACUGUCCGGGACGGACGUUGACGAGUACCGGCAGAGGUUAGUGAAUCGACUGGAUCGCGGAUUCCGGGUGGAAGCCAAUGUGUCGUUUAAUAUGACCUAUUAUCCGCCGCCAUUUUGCAACACCACGGAAGUGCUAGUCGACGUGCCCGCCGAGGAGGUGCGUGGGCUGAUGGAGGCGCACCCGUCGCCCAUCGAGUUGCCGCCGGACUACUGCUUCGACCUGACACCGUCCGAUGAGCUGGUGGGCCGGACGUGCUGGCCACGCGACCAGUACUGUGACCGAGUCGGCUACACGUGCGUCAACAAAUGCUGCCCCGCUGAACAUAUGUACGUCAAUGGCCUCAUGGGCUGGGUGGAGUGCAAAAAUAACGAGAUGCCGUUCACUUUGUCCACCUAUGAAACAGAUGCAGACGGAAGUCCGGCGGGCCGGUCGAACAACACGGUACUACCGUACUGGGACGGACACGUGUUGCACAAAUUCCAGACAAUUGAAUCCAGUUUCAUGUUGACCACGGAUGGCAACCUUCACCUUAUCUACGAAGGCGAAGAAUGGAUCAUACCGAACACGGGGUACUGCUUGGAGUUUCACGCGGGGGACGGGCCACCGGAGGCCGCCGAUCUGUUGGUGUUCGUGUAUCCGAAUGCCAAGCGACCGGUCAGUUACAUCUUUUGGGUUACUUACCCCCCGUCUGUCAUAUGCCUUUUGCUCACGCUGAUCGUGUACGCCACACUGCCUUACCUUCGGAACGCCCAUGGCCACUACGUCAUGUUCUACAUGGCCUGCCAGCUCAUGGACUUCGUCGGCAUAAUGAUCUAUUUCUUGGUAUACAUAGACAUAAAAAGCCCGUUGUGCAUUCCAAUCGGUUAUUUUUUUUUAUUUGCAAUUCUGACAACAUGUUGCUGGUUAAAUGUAAUAUGCUUUGAUAUUUACUGGAUGUUAAGGUAUAACAAUUCAACAAACAAAAAUACAUCAAAAUCAGUACGUACCAUAUUGUACCAUAUUUACUGUUGGGGAUUUUCAAGUAUUAUCGUAUCUACUGGUUAUUUAUUUCAACAUUCGCAAAACGAAACGCUACGGGAACUAGCACUCGAUAUUGGAGAAUAUGAUUGUGAUAUUUACGAACUCUAUCACUACGGAACAAUAAUUUUCUUAUGGAUACCCACCUGUGGUAUGCUGACUGCCAAUUUAGUUUUGUUCUUACUUACUGCUAUUUAUUGUUCGAGGAUUAAAUCUGAACUCCAAAAAUUCAGACAAACCGAUUCAAAAACAGAAAUAUUUCUUGUUUACAAAGAGAGGGAGAAGAUACUGGCCAACACCAUAUGAAAGUAUACCAAAAAUGAUGAAGAAAUACUCUUCAAAGAUUAAGUCUAACUUUUUUAUUUUUUUAGAUACAGGCAAUUAACUUUUUUUUUAUCAAAACCAUGCGUAUCAUGCAUUUGUUUAUGUAUCUUAAAAACGUUUCAACAUUUAUACGUCAUUUUAUUUUUAUUUUAAAACUAUUUAAUUGUCCUAUAUCAACUAACUAACAGAAUUAAACAAGAAAUGUGCUUAUUAUUUUUAUUAAAUUAAAAAAGUAGAAAAAAGUAGACAAAAAUUAGUAUUUUUAAAAGGAAAUUGUGCAUUAUUCCAAAUAAUAUAUUACUUAGUAUGGGUUUUUUGUUUUUUUUAUUUUUUACUGAAUUAUACUGAAUAAUGCCUAGAAUGUCUUGAAAGUUUGGUAUUUAUAAUAUCUACUGUUAAUCGUCAAAAUCUUAGUUUCAGGAAUAACUCUAGAAAUAUAUGAAACCAUGUGAAGGAAUAUGCAGAUGAGAUGGUAAACUGUAUUAAGCUAGAUGUCUACAAAAGGUUUGUUUCAUUGACGGCUGAUUCUUCUGCGAGACUAAAUCGAUCAAUUAUUGGUGUAAAUGUACAAUUCAUUAAAGAUGAUAAGUUAAAAAUUGUGACAUUAUGAAUGACAGAAUUAAACGAAAAACAUAUGUCUGAGUACCUUCUUAAAAAAAGUGGUAAAGAAAUAAUCUUGUUUGUUGACAAAAUGUGUUCUUAAAAAUUGUAACAAAAUGCUAUUAAUUUAGCUUUUUAGUUGAUAAAUAUUAUAAAGACGUAUAUAAUACACUGGAAUAUACUUGUCGGUUAUCAAUAUUAUACGUCUUUAAAAUAUUCAUCAACUAAAAAGCGUUCGUUUUGUAUAACAUGUGACGAUUUUAAAUUAGUUUU